UAACAAGGCAGAUUCCCCCACAGGGAGCAAUGUGGAGAGCUGUAGUUGUUGAAUGGCAAGGCAGCAGCAGAAGUAACUAGUUCCAAGUUUUGACAGAGAUACCCUGUUUGCCUUCAGGUUAAGUAAAAAAUAAUUUUAUCAGACAUGGUCAGGUUUUUGAACUGCUAGCCAUAAAUGAUGUGCUCAGUGUCCUGGUGAAGCUGGCAUUGUACAUUUACUGAACCAAAGCUAGCUGGUGAUAAAAAUCUCUGGAAUUUUCAUCUCUUCACCACUAUCUCUCUCUAUAUAAAGUGCAAGUUUGCUUUCCUUCAAAGCAUCAGCCACUGAUUAGCUCUUCAAGAUUCUUGGGUUCCUUCCUUGCCAAAAAAUGACUUUCACACCUCUGCUGCUUCUAUUGGCCACUUUUGUUCUUGUUUCUACAAGGGUUUCAUCAUGCAAUAAAGAGGAACUUUUUCUAGGAAAGGCACCAUCUGCAACUCCACCACCACCGGUUAGCCCACCCAAGGCAACUCCACCACCACCAGUGAGCCCACCCAAGGCUACACCGCCACCAUCACCAGUAAGCCCGCCCAAGUCUACACCACCUCCAGCAGUGAGCCCACCCACGUCCAAGCCAUCUCCACCAAUAAGCCCACCCAAGGCCACGCCACCAAGCCCACCCAAGUCUACACCACCUCGAGCAGUGAGCCCACCCACGUCCAAGCCAUCUCCACCAAUAAGCCCACCCAAGGCCACGCCACCAUCACCAGUGAGUCCACCAAAGACCACGCCACCACCAGCAGUGAACCCACCCAAAAACACUCCACCACCACCAGUCAGCCCACCUAAGACUACUCCGCCAACGAUGAGCCCACCACCGCCUCCAGUAAGGACAAAGAAAGAUUGCCUCCCAUUAUGUGGACAGAGGUGCAAAUUGCAUUCUAGGAAGAAUCUUUGCGUUAGAGCUUGUGUUACAUGUUGUGACAGGUGCAAAUGUGUUCCACCAGGAACUUAUGGCAACAAAGAGCUUUGUGGCAAGUGCUACACUGAUAUGACCACCAGAAACAACAAACCCAAGUGCCCUUGAAGAUUUUUCAUUGAAGUUAAAAAUCUGAGUCCAGGUUCAUGGUAAGCUAAAGUGUGCAAUAAUUAUGUGUUUCUUAGAGCAAGAUACCAGUUCAUGUAGUAGAGUUCAUCCAUGGCUUGUUUUAUGAUGUCUGCUGUAAUCUCCUUUGUAAUAUCAACUACCCCAGAUAAAUAAUAUAAUAUUUAUGCAGUAAAGUUUUACUAAAA